AUGUUGAAGGAUGAUGAUAAUAGCGGUCGUUCGAACCAGGUUGGUCGGAAGUUAAUAACCAGCGCCGUACCAUUAUCACCUAAACGAUUAACCGCUCCACGUCCAUUAGCAACAUCAAAUGAAAUCGAUCCAAUAAAAUGUAUCGAGUUAUGUUCGAAAGGAAUUUAUUUGAAUCGGGUCAAAGGUCAUCGUAUAAGAUCAGCGAAACCGAUUUCUAUUCGUGACCAGAAAUGGCUUUGUUAUCAUUCAAAAUCAUUUUGGAAUUUAUUACCGCAUAAAUUAAAAUCAGGUGAUUUUCCAUUUCAUUUUAUCUGA